ACAUUUUUUGAAAACCCCUGAGAUGCCUUUAUUUAUAAGACCAUCAGAAUCUAAUGGGAAGAAAGCCCAGUUUCCUAAAACUCCUCCAUUUGAAUUGAGUCAUAAUUUAGGUUGUGCAGGACCAGCACCAAAAUCACCUGCUUUUUCUUUUCUUAUGCCCUGUACCCAGAAGUCACCUGGCUUUAAUUUAUUUGACUCAUCUAUAUUUGGAGCAGAAAAUUCAUCAGACCAGACCGAUGAAAGUUAUUCUGCAGGAAACAUAAACCCUAUUUCCCCACACAAAGAUAUUGGAAGCUUAUUUGGAAAAUCGGAAAAUGAAGAUGCGUUCACAUUUUCCUUUCCGUCAGAGUCGUCGUCUCAUGAAUAUGGGGAUGGAAAAGAUGACUUCAGCUUUCCAUUUGCAUUUGGACAGGAUCAGCGAUCAUCACAUUCUUCCUCUCUGAAAGGUUUUCAGUCUUCAUCACAAAAUACAAAGCCAUUUACACUCUUUUGAAUAUUUCUUGACUUCCUUUUGUAUAUUUUUGCUGCUUAGCCUUGACCCUUGUUUUCAGCAACUUAAGAAAAAUCCAUAACAUUUCAUUUCUCUGUCAUUUAAUGUAAGCUGACAUUACUGUACUUGCAUCAAGAGCAUUUAAAUAUUCUCCACUAAUCAUACAUGCUCUGAGAUGUUUUUAUUUUUAUCACUUUUAAUGAUUUAAUGUUUUGUUUUCAUGAAACUUUUUGAUAAGCUCUCCUUUAACUU